AUGUUCAUCUUGAACGCAGAGAAGUCUAAGAUGAAGUUCAUGAAAAUCGGGACAAAGCCUGACACUUUCUACACUCAAGAUGCUUCAAGGAUUUUGAUAACCGACACACCCAACGAUCUCUUUAUCAGAAUCAACAACACCACUUAUCAUCUCCACAGAUCUUCUCUUCUUCCAAAAUGUGGGCUGUUGCGAAGGCUUUGCACUGAUUCAGAGGAGUCUGAUAGUGUCACCAUAGAGCUGAAUGAUAUACCUGGAGGAGCCGAUGCGUUUGAGCUAUGUGCUAAGUUCUGCUACGGCAUCACCAUCAACCUCAGUGCUCUUAACCUUGUCAAUGCCCUCUGCGCCUCCAAGUUUCUUCGGAUGUCUGAUUCUGUUGAAAAGGGAAAUCUGUUACCAAAGCUUGAAUCUUUCUUCCACUCCUGCGUUCUCCAAGGCUGGAAAGACUCCAUCGUCACUUUGCAGUCCACUGCCAAAUUGCCAGAAUGGUGUGAGAAUCUUGGGAUCAUCAGAAAGUGCAUAGAUUCAAUCGUGGAGAAGAUCCUCACUCCCACCGCACAGGUCUCCUGGUCCCAUACAUACACCAGACAAGGCUACGAAAAGAGACAGCACCACUCUGUUCCAAAAGACUGGUGGACGGAGGACAUAUCAGACCUUGACUUGGACUUAUUCCGCUGUGUCAUCACAGCAGCCAGGUCAACCUUCACGCUGCAGCCUCAGCUCAUCGGUGAAGCUUUGCAUGUAUACACCUGUCGUUGGUUACCAUACUUGAAAUCAAACAGCACUUCAGGUUUCCCAGUUAAAGAAAACGAAGCAGCGUUGGAAAGGCAUCGGCGUGUUGUUAACACGGUUGUGAAUAUGAUUCCUUCAGAUAAAGGCUCGGUUUCAGAGGGUUUCUUGCUGAGACUUGUUAGCAUAGCGAGUUAUGUGGGAGCUUCUCUCACCACAAAGACUGAGUUGAUUAGAAAAGCUGGUCUGCAACUCGACGAGGCAACUCUUGCAGACCUCUUGUUGCCUUCACAGUCGUCUUCUAAUCUCCAUCGCUAUGAUACCGACUUGGUUGCUGCGGUUCUCGAGAGUUUUUUAAUGCUCUGGAGAAGACAGUCUUCUGUGCAUCUUUCUAGUAACAGUCACUUGCUGCAUUCAAUCAGGAAGGUGGCAAAGCUUAUAGACUCCUAUCUUCAGGCAGUCGCACAAGAUUUUCAUAUGCCAGUUCCCAAAUUCGUGUCUCUUGCCGAGGCAGUGCCUGACAUUGCACGGGAGAGCCAUGAUAGACUUUACAAAGCAAUCAACAUAUAUCUCAAGAUGCACCCCGAGAUAAGCAAAGACGAGAAGAAGCGACUAUGCAGAAGUCUCGACUGCCAGAAGUUGUCUUCAGAGGUACGUGCACACGCUGUGAAAAAUGAGAGGAUGCCACUAAGAACAGUCGUCCAAGCCCUCUUCUUCGACCAAGAGAGCAGUUCCAAGGGAGUAUCAGGUCAAUUAGAGAGCCACCACUUCUUCUCAAGAGGUAAAGAGAUGCAUAAGCUUCAACUAGGUGCAGCUGAUACAGAUUCUAUAGGGAAAGCUAAAAGCGUACUUGAGGGAGGAGGCAAAAGAGGAGACGAGAAAAUCAGAUCCAGUACAAACCCCAGGAGGCUAGUCCGACAAGGAACAGGAUCAGAGCAUAAGCGACAUGUAAGUAGAGACAGGUAA